UUUGACGUCCCCUUCAUGAACGUCACCGUGAGAGAGGGAAUGACUGCAAUUUUACCAUGCUCUGUUAAAAAUCUUGGCAAACACCAGGUGAUAUGGACCGACCAGUGGUCAACGCUGCUGACCUUUGAGGACCGCCGCAUCAUAGACGACGAGCGCCUGAGUGUGGAGCGUCCGUACACCAGAGACUGGAACCUUCAUAUCCGCGCGGCCAAACACAGCGACCAGGGAGGGUACAACUGCCAGAUCAACACAACGCCGGUCAAAAUUAAAACCGUUCAUCUCAGAGUUCAAGUACCUGCCAAAAUCAACCAUGACGUAUCAUCCGAGGAUAUCACUGUUCGAGAGGGGGAUACGGUGACCUUGAUAUGUAAUGUCUCUGGCAUCCCUACGCCAACAAUCACGUGGUACAGACACAGGAUUACUGACGAUGACGUCGAGAAAGAAAGAAUAGGAAUGAGCGGCGAGGUCCUCCUCAUCCACAACGUCACUCGCUACUGCGGCGACACCUAUGAGUGCGUGGCCUUCAACGGUGUUCCUCCAGCCGCGAACAGGUUAAUCAAAGUCACCGUAGACUUUCCUCCAGAGGUUCGGCUCCCGAACAAGAGGAUCGGCCAGGUGAUGGGGAAAGAGACAAUCUUGGAAUGUAUGAUCACAGCAAAUCCCCUCGAGAUUAGCUACUGGUCGUGGAAAGGACAAGAAAUCCAGAACAGUGCCAAACACAGGAUAGAGCUUUACAAUGAUGCCGAUAAUACCAUCACUCUUAGCCUAAGGAUACGAGUUCUGGAUGAGGAGGAUUUCGGGGAAUAUACAUGUGCAGCCUCAAAUAUUCUUGGCAGUGACUCUGAGAGCAUGGUUCUGUACGACUAUACAGCCUAUCGGCGAUUGAUGAUGACGACAUCAACAACCACAACUACCACGACGGAACCAACUACAACCGAUCCUCGCCUACGUUGGCAAGUUGAGGAUCAACGUUACCCUCCUCACGUUGGUCGGAACGGCCACAACACUGACUACGACGUCAUUCAUCGAGUGACUACGAUGAUUAAUCCGAGGAACCAAAUUUAUUCAAGUUCUAAAGGUCGGCCAGUGACUUCCACCGGUACCAAGGGACAUGACACGUGUCAUAUAUACAGUGUUCUGACAGUGUUCAUAUUUCGCAUUGUGUUGUGAUUGA